UGUAUUUCGUUGAAAAUUAAAUAUCCUUGACCCAUAUUUUUGACCAAAUUCACACUUCCCCUCCAACUUUCUAGAUGUGUAUAUAUAUACAUGCAUAAAUGCAUAAUCCCUUCAUAGAAUUGAAUUUGGAUUUUUCAAAGUCUCAAUAUAUAAGUUGUAUAUAAAAGGAUAUUAGUUGCUUCAAGAAAGUUAAACAAGUGAUUUGGAUAAUUGAUGUCGGCUGUUUAAAGGAGACCUGAGUUUAUACAUCAGUUGGUCACCUGUUGGAAGCUUUCUUCUCCGGCCAAUACUUCACCGGCUGCCGGAAAACUCAGUAAAAUUCCGGACAAAAAUGGGACAAAGACGAAGCACAAUAUGGUUUGUGAUGAUAUUGCUUUUGAGUUUAAGCUUUUCUUUAAUUCAAGGACAACCUACUACCACUUCUCCACCAGCCGAAACAAAUCAAAUAUUAGAUGACACGGUUAGGCCCGAUCCUUUGGAAAACCUCAGAAAGUACAGGGGAGGAUACGACAUUACCAACAUCCAUUACUGGAGUUCAACUGCAUACACAGGAAUAGCUGGAUAUGUGCUUGGGGGCCUAUGGCUCUUAUGCGGCGUCGUUUUUGGAAUAUACCUUGUAGCAACCACUUGUUGCAAAUCAAACAGGAAACUAAAGAAACAUUAUAGACCAACAUCCCACAAGCAAUAUUACCUUUGGCACAUUAUUCUUGCAGCUUUCUUCACACUUUUAGCCAUAGUUGGAUCUGGAUUAGUACUUGGAGGGAAUGCUAAAUUUCAUUCGAGGGCGGAUAAGAUAAUCGAUAUAAUCAUUGAUACGGCUGAUGAUGCAUCAAAGACUAUAUAUAAUACAACCGGCGCAAUGAAAGUGACACGGACUAACUUACAAGGUACAAAUGUUGAAGCAAGCACCACGCGGUUCCUUGAGUCCACUUCGAGGCAGCUUGACUCUACUGCCGAUGAUAUACAACGACAAGCAAGAAAGAACCGGCAUAGGAUUGAUCUAGGCCUUCGUAUUUUAUAUGCCGUAAGUACAGUUAUUUUCGCGCUGAAUUUGGUUGCUAUUAUCGCGCUAGCAGUUGUUGGGGUCAUGAAAAAAAGGCGAAUUCUUCACAUAUUAAUCGUGUUGUGUUGGUUAAUCACUGUUCUAUGUUGGGUGUUCUUUGGGGCGUACUUCUUUUUAUCGCGAUUUGCGGGUGAUACAUGCACAGCACUUGAGGGAUUCCAACAAGAUCCUUACAACAAUAGCUUGAGCUCAAUCCUUCCUUGUGACGAACUACUUUCAGCCGAAUCAGUCCUUAACGAUGUCAGCGCAGGAGUUUACGAACUAGUCAAUGAGGUGAAUGCAAACAUAUCGCGAAUGCAACAAGAUUCGUCAUUUGGAGUAUGCAAUCCGUUCUCCGGGCAACCAGAGUACAACUACCAGCCGAACAAUUGCUCAGAGAACGAUAUUCGUAUAGGCGACAUCCCUGAGCUAUUGAGGCUGAUUACUUGUGUGGAUCCUGUGGAUGGAGUUUGCAAUGGAGGGAUUCCGAUAUCAGGAAACGACUUUAGAACCGCGAUCGCAUACACAAGUUCAAUACAAGUUCUUCUAAAUUCCUACCCAGGAAUGGAAAGCCUCCUUCACUGUCAAACAGUGAAGGACGCAUUUGCGGAAAUCCUUGAAAACCACUGCAAUCCAGUAAAAAGAGAAGUAAAAAUCGUGUGGGCGGGACUAGUGUUCCUGUCGAUCGUGAUGGUGUUUUUGGUUCUUACAUGGAUCGUGGAAGCGUACCAUGCACGCAACCAUCGGUUUUCGGAUGGUUCGGUUAAGCCUCAUCAUGUAGAUGAUCAUGUGAUUGAACUUGGAAGACCAGAAGAAGGAGGAAAAGAUGGAGUAAAUAGCAAUUAAUAGAUGAUUUGAGGGUGGUUAACUUGUUAUGCAUCCUUGAAAGCUAUGUAUGUUAGCUAAUCAAGAGAUGAUGAGAGAAAAGAUAUAGAAAAGAAAGAUGGUUUGAUAAAAAUUAGUUAGAGAGGCAAUAUGGGGACAAACCCCACAAAAAUCUUGUAUAUUGAGGUGUUCCAACUUCCAAGCAUUUAUUUAUAAGUUUUUUUAUAA